GCAGGACAGGUGCAGUGAGAGGAAGCAAUCGAGAUAGUGGAGGGAACGAGAACGAGGCACAGAAAGAGAGGAACGGAAAGAAAGGAAAGAAAGGAAAGAAAGGAAAGAAAGGAAAGAAAGGAAAGAAAGGAAAGAAAGGAAAGAAAGGAAAGAAAGGAUAGAAAGGAAAGAAAAGGAAAGGAAAGGACAUUGUAAUCCGUACAUCUCCUAAAAAACACAGACAGAGAAACAGAACGUCAUCCAGGCAAUGGCGUCGUUGUUGAGUGAGAAGUCAGACAUCACCAUGAGCACCGAGUCGUCUCCCCGCAAAUUGCUCCGCCACGCAGGAUACAACAACACCACGGCCUUGCUGGGUUGGAUAGGCUUCCACGCCGACACCGUCGUGCCCGUGACGGACCUCGGCCAGCUCGCCGACGGAACAGUCUUGCUCCGCCUGAUGGACGUCCUCACGCAGCACUCCGAGUCCGACCGGUUGCGGCCCGUGUGCAUCUCCGCAGACGGACCCAUCCCAUCGAGUCUCUAUGUCCCCAGUGUGCCGUCUUCGGCAGCGUCGUCGUCGUCGGCAGCGUCAUCGUCCCACUCGUCGGCCCCCGCCUCUCCAGAGAAGAGGAGACGGGUGAAGAUUGUUGGCGGCGGAGCCGACGGGCGAGAGAUGUCGAGGUUCCAGAAGUUGGCGAAUAUCGAGGUGUUCAUGCACUGGCUCAACACCAGCAAAGCGUCCCCCUUCCACGGCGUCUCCAGGUCCACUGAUGAAAUCACCAUUCGAGGCGUCGCAGCCUUGGACAUCUUGGAGGCCGACGGGAAACUUGUCCCGGGUCUUUUGUGGAGCUUAUUCUGGGAGUUCGUGCUGUGCCCGUCCAGAAUCAGCAAGAACAAGCAGGAAUUGCUUUGGAUGUGGACGGUCAACACAAUUGCCUCCUUUGAGAGGAAGUCGCCGAAAGAGGUCGAGUCCAGCGUGAACUUCAAGCCGGAAACGUGGAGCGAUAGCGGCGGACUGACAAGGAGAUUGGCCGUCUCUUUGCAAAUAUUACCCCCGGACAGCACCGCCUCUGUGGCGGAAGUGCUCGAAGUAGUGCACAAGACUCACAAAGUCCCGCCUUUCCUGACGCCUGACGACUUGAAUGGCGGCAUUGUCGACGAAUGGAGCAUCAUCGCCUACUUCAGCUGCUGGUUUGACGUGUUUAAUCUUGCAGAAGAAGCAGAAGCGGCAGAUGACAGGACCGAAACUGCGGAAGGUGAGGACAAGACUGCUAAGAUUAGCGAAACCAUAAAGGAAGCUGCCACUCCGAAAAGCAAGGGCGAAUUUUCAGAAUUCUUUGGUCCAAACAUCCUAAACAAGGCCAGUGCAAUAGCACAGCACGACUAUGACAUGCCGCUCAAAUUAAGAAUCGAAACUUUUCUUGUCCUUUCUGCCAGAAUCAUUCACGUGAAGAACAACUUCUUAGCAAGACUAGAGAAGCUUCUAUUGGAAAUAGCCAACUUAUUGGGCCAGUUUGCCGAGUAUGAAAGCUACGAUUACCAACAAUCUCCCUCAUCCAGCAUUUUCAAAUUCUCAACCAACCAUUAUAAACCUGAAGAUUUGAAGUUCAAAGGAAAAGACCUUUUUGAAUUGGAGAAGCAGAUAACGAACACUACGGAAGAAAACGAUGAACUCUCUGAAACACUACAGCAGGCAAUCAAAAGCAUCUCAUUUGUUACCAGUUUCAGGAAUUCAACGAGGCAGAAAAUAUACGAACAGUUCAUUGAGCUGGAAAUGUACAAAUGCCAGCUUUCUGAUAUGCUGCGGAUCUAUGGACUACAACAUUUUUCAGAACCACCUGAAAAGUCUCUUGACAAGAUAUCCAAAUUCAUCGAGCUGUUGAAGAAAUCAGAGAUGGUUGUCCAUUCAAAUGCAGAUGAUUACAUUGAAAGGAACAUUACCAAAAUGGAAAAAUCUUUCUACGAAAAUCACUCGAGCCUAUUCAAUGCUUUGUCACUUGUUGAAAAUGACAUAGUGAACGCCAAUACCAUUCCUGAUUUUGACCAGAGAACCAAGGAGCUGGAGAACAUCAUGCAAGAUAUACCCGGACUAAAAGAGCUCCACUUGAGAACCGUCUCUUUUUGGCAUGAGCUUGAAAUGGUUUAUUCAAGCUUGGCACGCGGGUUUGACAAACAAAGUUACAAAUCGAUUAUCAACGAACAAAGGUACAAGAUAAUUUUCCUCGAGAACUGUAUUGACAAAUCCAUGAAUUUUAUGAUUUCAUUGGAAACACAAAAGAACGAGGCCUCCGAGGUUUUGACGAUUGCGAACAUCGCACAACAAUACGAGAACUCCAAGGAAUUGCGAGCCAUCUCCGAGGACAGACGACAAUUAAAGACACAUCUUCUUGUACAUAAGCUUAUCCAGCGAAGAUUCCAUUUCAAUAAAAACAUUGAUCCCAUCCAGGUCUUGUUCGAUAGACACGACACCGGUUCCAAGGGGUAUUUGACGAAAAGCGAGUUCAAGAAGGCAUUUCUCGUUGCAUAUCCGGGAACAGCUACUUUGGUAGGGGUCGACGAGGUCGACACUAUUUUCGAAACCAGCUACGAGACGGUGGGCAAGAUGAGGAGAGGAAUCGAGUUUCCACAGUUCAAAGCCGUCCUAGAGUUGGGCAACAACAGCAAAGGCUCGGAGGAGGCAAACGUGGACGUUUUUGCAGCAGCAUUAUCAGAGGAUGACUGUGGGGACGCGAAGGAGACCACCAGCAUCAGCUCCACGAACAGCAACAUCGACCGACUACUCCACCAGAUCGAGAGCGAGAAACAUUCGGUGGAUCUCACUGACGACGUCUUCUACCACUCCUUUGUCGAGCUGAGCAGCAACCAAGACGUGCUACAGCCACACGACAUGGACACUAUCCAUCUCCACCCGAUGUUGCGAGUCAACGUGGAGAACAUAUUCCCCGACCACAACUACCGGGAGUGGUUCCAGCAUGUUGACCAGAGCUCUAUAUACCAGGACAAUGAGGAUUGUGAGACUAUCGAGGCCAACUUCGGUGGUCACCCGAGGGAGAUUGCCUUGAAGAACGUGCUCUACGAUCUGGAGAAGGUCGACUUGAGCAAAAUAUAGAGAACGUACUAAUUAUCUGUGUAACCGCAAUGCUAAUCCUACCGUAUCUUAUCUUAUCUUAUCUUAUCUCAUCUCAUCUUAUCCCACUCUUGCUUUGUUUACCCGAAGAUGGAAUAGGUAAGAGGUCACACAAGAGUGCGCGACAGCAUUUUUGUUGUAUCUCGGUGU